AUGGCCUGUAUCGAGUGCUCGGCUGCCGAGGCUAUCUACCGGUACAAAUGUUGUGGCCGUAAUUUCUGCAGCGUACCGUGCUAUAAACAGCACUGUUGCACGGGAGAAGUACCUAAAGCUCGCGUCCAUGACACUAUUGGUACCUCUUGUUCGGUACCCAUGGGCAAUAAGCAGGACGAAGUUAAACUGUCUGAUGCCCAGCUCACUUCUCUGAAGAGUGACAGGAAGCUGCGUUCAAUAUUGGCAAACGAGGCUUUGAGAAAGAUGCUACGUGAAGUUGCAGCAUCUCAAGAUCCGCCUGCUGACAUGGCUCGAUAUAUGCAAGACGAUUUCUUCGCUGGUUUCGUGAUGCAAGUCAUGGACACUCUGGGCGAAGUAGAUGAACCGAAAGUGACCAAAAGGUCACAUUAA